UCCUUAUCUUUCCAAACCUGAUAAGGCGGAGAAAUAUGCACGAAUAAUGCUUUUCGUGAAGUAGAUUAUUUGCCCGCCUUUAUUCGAGGCAAAAAGAGCAGAGAUAAGGGCUUGUCGUAGUGGAAAACGUGUGAACUGCAGGUGCUGUAGAGGAAGAAGUAUGGGUUAAACCGCACGUUCCAGUAAUUUCAUGAAAACCAAAUCCACCGGCUGAGGAAUCUCCGUGCAUGACAGGCGAGGUACCGGUUUUGUAGAUUAUCUUAACAUGGAUAGCCAGGGACUGAAGUUGACUGAGGCAGAGCAGCGUUAUUUUGCUGAAUUGUUCGCUGCGUACGAUGUCGAGAACCAAGAAAGAGUAUCCGGGCAGAAAGCGUCCGAACUCCUACUAGCAACUCAGUUGCCGACAGAAAUACUUCAGCAGAUCACUGAGCUUUGCGGUGCAAAGAGAGUGGGACAUUUUGGUCGCCCUCAGUUUUAUUUGGCCCUGAGGCUGAUUGGAGCAGCUCAGGCUGGAAUGCCCCUCAAGCCCGAAUUACUUACUUCAGGAGUUGAUGUUCCUCUUCCAAAGCUUCAAAGGCCAAGCGAACCAGGUCCCCUCCCCCCACCUCCAGUGUCAAGCAAAAACAAGGCAUCCCGGCAGGCAAGCCUUAAGGAUCUGCCUAGUUCACCAUCUCACCAGCCUUAUGCACAGCAGAUAGCAAGCCGUGGUCAUCCAGUUGCUGGUUCCAGAGACUCUUCUCCAGAGGCUGUAGUGGCUGCACCGGUGGGACCUAAUGGUGAUGCUGCUGCUUCACCCCAGAUAGCUGCAGCUGGCCACGAUAGAAAAUGGACAACAUUCCUCUCUGCAGAUGGACAGUUAAACUGGAGCCAGUUUGAAGAACACCGCCACCUUUUAGGGAAUGAGGAGGACAGCAGUGAAAAGCAUUCAAGUGAUGAUGACCAUGAUGUGUGGUGCAUUGCAGACGACCAGCGAGAAUACUACACCAAGCAGUUCCAAACCAUGCAAUCGGACCUCAAGGGAAAAAUAACCGGUGUUGUGGCAAAGGAGUUUUUUGAGAAGUCAAAACUCCCAGUUCCUGUUUUAUCGAAAAUCUGGCAACUGUCGGACAUAGAUAAGGAUGGGGCCCUCACUCUGGAGGAAUUCUGCACCGCCAUGCACUUGGUUGUACUUAGAAGAAACAACAUCAAUAUUCCUGAUGUCCUGCCCGCAGCGCUGGUACCCAGCAUACCACAACCAGCUUUGCAGAAAUCUGCAGAGGCUGUUUCAGGCCAGGGUCCUCGCAGUAACUAUCAGGUGAAGGGUACUUCUUCUGGAGCUCCACCUCAGCCACCCCUACCUGCAGGCACACAGCAUGCAGUUGCGAACCACACGAUCGCAGGAAAUGCCUCUCCUCCAGCUCCUCCUCACCCUCUCAAGGAGCCUCUGUCUCCCCAGAAUAAGGAGUGGACCAAAUUCAAUGACUCUCCAACAAGCAGCGUGUCAUCUCCCAGCAUGAAACCAGUCAACUUCGACUUUUCAUCUGCGUCUGUUGAGCAGAACCCUAGGAUUCUACACCCAGUUGCACGCCGUGUGUCUCCGGACGGACAUGCCAUACCUUAUAGUAAUGAUCUGGACAGAGCUAUUGCGUCUGGAGAUGCUGCAGGAGAUGGUCAUAAAAGCAUUCUGAAAAAGCUGUCUGCUCCUGGGCCAAUUGUUCCCACUGGCCCUCAGCAGUCACUGGCCUAUGUUGUUACCACAGAAGUGGGUGGCGACCCAAAUAACUCCUACUCUGGCACUGGUGUAGCGGCAACAGCAGCGGGUGCACCAGGAGCUCCGACACCCUCCCAGGGUCAACUUGCACAGGGAGGACCAAAAGAACCUCCUCCCCCACCUCCACCCAGGCCAAAACGCAACCAUGCCCGCAGUUCCUCCCUGGAUCUGAACAGGCUAGGAUACCAAUACAGAAUGGCAGGUCGAUCAAGCUCUCAGAAUCUGGGUGCCCCACCUGCAGUGCCUCCCAGAGCGUCACCAGGAAGCGAAGAGCAACAAGAGGAAGACGGUGGUGUCCUGUCAAAGAGCAUCACGGGAGAUGACGUGCCGUCAUUCAUGAACUUUGCCGACUUUGACCACUUCGCGGAAUCCCGUAGUGAGGACCCCUUAACCCCGCCACGUCAGUUUGAGUCUGGAGCUUUUGAGCCUUACAAGAAGCCUUCUGCGGACCGAAUUUCAAGGCUUUCAUCAGAUACUAGUUACUCAGAUGAUGAUGAAUGCCCCGCCCCAACGGAUGAUGCAGCGAUGUUGAUAUGUGACGAUGCCGAGAGCAAGGAGAAGGAGAAGCGCCGUUCUGGACGGCCACCUGCACUGGCAGCUGUUGAGAUGAAAACGAUUCCCAAUGAGAAGUGGGAGCUAACCCAGGCAGUUCGAGCCCAUCGAGAGCGCAACAAUAUGCUUUCGCUGCUCAACAGUGAACUCAACCAGGAGCUGGUAGAAGCCACGGAGGAGCGUCUGGCCCUCGAGAUCCAACUGGAAAACCUGAAGCCUUUCUCGUGCUGAGUGCAUGCCUCAUGCUUUGAAAUGAAAUCCAAAAUUAAUAAUGACCACACGGGGGGUAGGCUGAAAUGAAGCGAAGCUUUUUGGAAGGAA